UUUCCCAAAUCCCACUUCUCCCUUCUCUCUUCUUCAAAAUGAGUUCACCAUCAACAACAAGAGGAAGAAGACCAUGUUUCAUUGAAGAAGAUGAUGGUCUUGUUUCUUUAGCUGAAACUCAACCUGAGUUCUCAGGCAAUAAUAAUCAAAAUCAUAAUAAUAAUAUCAACAAUAACAAGAAUCUUAAUUUGAUUUAUAGGCCUCUUUAUUAUACAAGAAGAAAUAGCAUGAAGAAUCUCUCUUCUUCUACUUCUUCUUCCUUGUUGUCUCCAAGAUCUGUUAUUUCUGCUGGAAAAUACUGUGAUGGUAGAUUUGAUGAACCCCAUCACUAUUUCUUGGAUGCUUGUUUUCUUUGUAAGAAAAGAAUUGGUGAUAACAGUGACAUCUUCAUGUACAGAGGGGACACUCCAUUCUGUAGUGAAGAGUGUAGGCAAUUACAAAUAGAGAAGGAUGAAACUAAAGACAGAAAAAGGAACAUUUCUUCUAUAAAAGCUAUGAGAAAAAAGGAACAAAAACAACAAUCAACUUCUCCAAACAAAACUUCAGAAGAUUACCCUUUGAGACCUGGAACUGUUGCUGCUGCUUGAGCAAAAAAUGAAAAAUGAAUCUACCUACUUGGAUGAAAAUAAUAAUAUUCAAGAAGGUUCAUUUAUCAUAAAUUAGCUAUAAAUAU